UACAUUCAAAUUUGCCCAAAAACAUGCAAACAGUGCAGACCCUCGAACAUCAAUACAACAUCAGCAAAGCGCUAAUCAUGCAAAGCCAGGCUGUCAACACAGACUAUGAGCACAGCAGUUGGGACCGUGGCCAUUUGAACCCCAAUGGCCACCACAACACCCAGGACAGCAGGAAUGCAGCCUUCACCCUCACCAACAUAGUGCCCUUGAACGAAAAGCUCAACCGACAUGCUUGGAAAAACUACGAGCAGCAAACAAUGGCAAAUAAAAGCAAGGACUGUCAAAUCACCUAUGUCAUUGUGGGGGCUGUGCCUGGGAACUCCUCCAUCUCCAGUGGGAGGGUUAAUGUACCCAGCCACAUCUGGUCUGGUGCCUGCUGCAGGACCAAGAACAACACCGUCAGUGCUUGGGCAGCCAUUGCCGAGAACAACCAGGACCAGGUCUGGGAUCUCACUCUGGGGGAGCUGGAGAACAGUUUGGCCCAGCUGUAUGGGAUGCAAAACGUUUCUCUCUUCCACAGUUCCUGUCCCCGUACAAACCCCUCACAUCCUGGUUGUAAAAGGCGCAGGGGCUUUUCUCACAUAUCACAAUAUCACAGAAUGCUUUGAGUUGGAAUGGACCUCAAGAAUCAUCCAGUUCCAAACCCCCCUGCAAUAUAGCAGGGACACUAGACCAGGUUGCUCAGAGCCACGUCCAACCUGG